CCGCCGAUGGCUCCCAAGCUCGAUCCUACUGCAGUUACUUACACCUACCUUAGGGUAACAGGUGGUGAGGUAGGAGCCACAUCGUCCUUGGCCCCAAAAAUCGGUCCCUUGGGGCUUUCCCCUAAGAAAGUUGGCGAUGAUAUUGCCAAAGCUACACAAGACUGGAAGGGUCUUCGGAUUACGGUCAAGUUGACAAUCCAGAACCGUCAAGCUGCCAUCAGCGUCGUCCCUACUGCAUCAUCCUUGAUCAUUCGGGCAUUGAAAGAACCACCACGCGACCGCAAGAAAAACAAGAAUAUCAAACACAGUGGAAACAUCUCUUUCGAUGAUGUGCUUGAGGUAGCCCGAAUAAUGCGACCCAGAAGUAUGGCUCGUGAACUUUCGGGAACGGUGAAGGAAAUUCUCGGAACUGCCCGAUCAGUCGGCUGCACAGUUGACGGUGAGGCGCCUCAAACGAUCAUUGACCGGGUUAACUCCGGUGAAAUCGCUAGCGCGAAUUUACUGACCGGAAGGUCCGUGGUUCGAAUUCGACCUCCGCCACUCGACAUCCCCUGUCUAGGCUUGGGUAACCUGGCAGUAUCCCAGUCCUCGUGCUUCCUUCGGGUGGAAUGGCAGCUAGGCACCGGAAGGGUGCUACAGCUGAACGAUUUCUUUUUUUCUGAAUUAGAAGGAAGACAAAAUAGAAAGGCGCAAUGCUUGAACAACCUGGCAGUAUCCCAGCCCUCAUGCUUCCUUCGAGUGGCAAUGCCAGUUGGCACCGAAAGGGUUCUACAGCUGAUUGGUUUGAUUUUUUUGACUGAGAGUCGUAGUCGCUUUUCAGUUCUGCGCUCGUAUUGCAUCGACGUAUCCAAAGCCGCACUCGACUUUGGAACUUCUCAAAUAAAUUAUUCCAAGGACGGGAUCUCUCACCGAACGGUGGUUUUGCUGAAGGUCGGAAGACGGACUCCUUCCGGUCGCAACCACACUCGAACUCGAGGCGUCAUCCGGCGCCAAGUAAAACUGUGUGUACGUCCAGGCUUGGAAUUUCGGUGGAACCAGAGGGAAAGAAAGCAGCAAAAAUUCAUCAUAAUGUUUGCAGGUUAUUCCAUUUGUUUUUGUCAGCAGGACCUAGGAAGCCUUGUGCCAGUUAAACUGGUGAUCAGAAUGAGUCCCUGGUAUCUAUCCUCUCCUCACUGCUGGUCUUUGAAGAAACAUGAACUAUGA